AUGGCCACAUUCCAGAAAGUCGCCCUGCUGGGCAAAGGAGCCCUGGGCUCAGUCCUCCUCACUGAACUUCUCAAAGCCCAAUAUACUGUAACAGUCCUCACCCGCUCAAUUGCCUCCCUAGGCGACCUACCGACCGGCGCCACAGCCAAAGAAGUGGACUAUGCCUCCGUCUCAAGCCUAACAGCCGCCCUACAAGGGCACGACAUCGUCAUCUCAACCGUCUCGCCGUCCGCAAUCCCGCUCCAAAAGCCUGCCAUCGACGCCGCAAUCCAAGCCGGCGUGAAACGAUUCAUCCCCGCCGAGUUUGGCGCCAUGACGUCCGACCCAGAGGGGAAGAAACUGCCCUUCCAUGCCCCGGCCGUUGAGAUCCACGAGUAUCUAGCUGCCAAGGCGGACGCCGACGAGAUCGAGUAUACGGCGUUUGCGGUUGGUGGGUUCUUGGAGAUGUUGUUUACCGUGCCGCUUGUGGUGGAUUUUGAGAAGCGCGCUGUUGCGCUGUAUGAUGGCGGUGUUCAUGGGUUUAGUGUUAGUCGGUUGAGCACGGUUGCGAAGGCGGUUGUUGCGUCGUUGGGCAGCUCCGAUGAGACGAGGAAUCGUCUUGUUCGUGUUCAUGAUACCGUUCUCACGCAGCGGAAGGUGUAUGAUAUUGUGAGGAAGUGGACACCGGGCGAGACGUGGACGGAGACACAGGUGGAUGCUGAGGCUGCUGUUCAGAGUAUCCUGGGACAGCUGGCAAAGGGGUUUCAUUUUUCCCUCGUUCCAGCAUUGUUUGCUGCGGCAUUUAUGAGUGGGAAGUAUGGGGGUGAGUAUGAGGGGGUGGAUAAUGAGCUGUUAGGCCUGGGGUUGAUGAGUGACGAGGAGGUCGAGGAGUUUGGCCUGGCAUUGAGGGCACAGCAGUAG